AGAGCAGAUGCAUGGAAGCAUUAGAGAAACAUUACAGAAGGAUUUUUCAUCGUGCCAUCAAUGAUAUCAUGGUCUGUGUGAGGAGCUUAAAAAAAUCAUAUGGUUUAUUAAGGAUGUCAUGUGUUGACAUAUACAAGGAAGAAGUGGAAGACUUAUUUGUCACUGAUUUAUUAAAUGACACAGAUGCUCCCCAGCCUAGUCUGAAGCUAGGUACAGACACCAAUGGCUCCGUUGUUUGGUUAGGUGCUAGGACACCAAUCAUCACUUCUAAAAAAGGGCUUCAGUUUUUAUUUGAAAAAGGGUUCACUGAACAUAUGAGGCGAGGCAAGAAGGUCAGAGAUCGCCUGGGGGCAACCCACACCAUUAUACGUUUGGUCUUAGAGAGUACACCAGAGACUGAAAAAUUCAGUAAAUGGCCUGAUGCAGAUGUGUUCAUCUCAUAUUUGGACUUUGUGCUAGUAGGUGGAUCAGACUUGCUGCCAACAUUCACAAGUGUGGCGGAGAGGUUAAGUGUUGCACCUCGUACAAAGUCACUCUUUUCACUUUAUAAUUUUGUUACCCAGGUUAAUACGGAUAAAAAUGAGCUGUAUGACAGCCGGCGUUCAACACUGAUGCAGAUACUUCACAAGAUGCUGUUUGGGAGAGGUCACUCAGUGUUUGUAUGUAUUUGUGACCCAAAUGACACCCAUACUCAUGCAACACUCAAAUUUGGAAUGGCUGCUGCUCGACUUGUUCAAAACCCCAUGAGAAAUAAGUAUCCCUUCCACUGCAGCAUGAUGUGGAUGAUUAUUAGUCAAGCAAAGGAGAACAUGACUUUAUUGUGGCAAAAUAAACAAAUGCUUGAGGAUCAUUUUGAAAGUGAUGUUCUGAAGUUUAGACCUGAAAAAAACAAUAAUGUCAAUACAUUUCAGUUAAUGAUUUCCAAUAUUUCUGAAGUAAAGAGGCUAUUAUAUUUAAUAUUCCCAUGGAAUAAUAAUGUACUUGUGGACAAUAAGGUAUGUGCUCUGAGCAUUUAUUAAAAGUAGUGUACACAGGCUAAUUCAACAAGAUAGCAUCUUGUUUUAACAACACAUAUACACACUCUUCCUUCAGUCAGUCAAUCAAUCAAUCAAUUUUUAUUUCCUUGCAAGAUUACAUUGAGAUUAUGAAAUUACAAAAAUGAGUUGCAGUGUAAAGAGCCACUGUCAUGCCCAGGCAGUAU